ACAGAAAUACAGUAUUUGUUUACAUUCAUAAAUAUAAAGACGCUGGCGUGAUAACACUGUCUUCUAAAUAUAAUAAUAAUAAUUUACAAAAAAAUAUUAGUACAGGUUAAUUGUAUUACGAGUUACAACACUUUUUUGGCAAAAUAUACGAGUUAUAAACGAAUUAUUGCAAUAUUUAUUUGAAUUUGGAAUGUAAUUGUAAUUGAAUUGCGUAAAGUUUUUUUUUUAUCGACAAUGGAUGGCCAAAGAAAUGAUAAUGGAUCGACACCGGCGAGUGGACUGCAGGCAUGGUAUGUGGACUUCGAUGGAUGGGUGAGCAAUUUGCGUCCCAACGAAAAUGUGGCGAGGUUAAUUCAUUUACAGCAAAUGAGUAAGGAACCAUGGUCGCAUUCGCCCAACACGUUCUACCUACAAAACGCAAUAGUCGACGGAAUAUUUCUAACAAGUGACACGAAAAAAUUAAAUGAAUUUCAUAAUUCACUAAAGUUUUUAAAAAAUAAUACUGGCCAAUACGAAUUGGACAAUGGUGUAAUUAGGCUGACGAAUGGUAAUGUCAUGAAAUAUAGCUGUAUAUAUAAAAGGUCUAAGCUUUUGUGUGUUGUUUUAUUUUAUUAA